ACCCUCACCGGCAGCGCGCGCCCCGGGGACACACAUACGCACGCACGCACGCGCGCACACACGCACGCUUACUCAGCGCGCGCGGGGGCUCGGGAUAUGCGGGAGCCGCGCGGAGUGUAGGACCCUCGUGCGGAGCUCGUGAACAUGUGAAGGAGAUAACGCGGAGCAGGAGAUAGCUAACGCGCGCGCGAGGAUGAGGAUGAGACUGCUGGGCUAUCUGCUGCUGCUGCACGCGGCCGUGGGGAUGGGAGACUCGCAGGCAGUCUGUCCCGGCACUGACAACAAGCUCAGCACCCUGUCGGAUCUGGACCAGCAGUACCACACUCUGCGCAAGUUCUACGAGAACUGUGAGGUGGUGAUGGGUAAUCUGGAGAUCACCAGCAUCGAACGGAACCGCAACCUCAACUUCCUCAAGUCGAUCAGAGAGGUGACCGGCUACGUUCUGGUGGCUCUGAAUCAGUUUGAUUAUCUUCCUCUGGAGAAUCUGAGAAUCAUCCGCGGCACCAAACUCUACGAAGGUCGAUACGCUCUGGCCAUCUUCCUCAACUACAGACGAGACGGAUACUUCGGCCUCCGGCAGCUCGGCCUCAAGAACCUCACCGAAAUUCUGAAUGGUGGGGUUUACGUGGAUCAGAAUAAGUUCCUGUGUCAUGCGGACACCAUCCACUGGCAGGACAUCCUGAAGAACCCUCGAGCUGAACUUCUGGUGGUGCCAUCCAACAACAGCGGCAGCACAUGUCGGCGAUGUCAUAGAUCCUGUAACGGGCGCUGUUGGGGCCAUCAGGAGGACCAGUGCCAAACCUUAACGAAGACGGUGUGUGCUGAGCAGUGUGACGGGCGCUGUUUCGGCCCGUACGUCAGUGACUGCUGCCACCGGGAGUGUGCCGGGGGAUGCUCCGGACCCAAAGACACCGACUGCUUUGCUUGCACGAACUUUAACGACAGCGGCGCUUGUGUUACUCAGUGUCCUCAACCUUUCGUCUACAACCCGACCACCUUCCAGCUGGAGCACAACCCUAAAGCCAAGUACACCUACGGAGCUUUCUGCGUCAAGAAGUGCCCACAUAACUUCGUGGUGGACCACAGCUCCUGUGUUCGAGCCUGUCCGAGCAACAAGAUGGAGGUGGAGGAGAACCGCAUCAAAAUGUGCAUCCCCUGCACUGAUAUCUGCCCAAAAGUGUGUGAUGGAAUAGGAACAGGAAGUUUACAGAUGGCUCAGACCGUGGACUCCAGCAACAUCCACAAGUUCGUCAACUGCACCAAGAUCAACGGCAACCUGAUCUUCCUCAUCACCGGGAUCAAAGGAGACAUGUACCAUGGCAUCGGAGCGCUGGACCCGGAGCGGCUCAACGUCUUCCGCACCGUCAAAGAGAUCACAGGUUUUCUGAACAUACAGUCAUGGCCGGAGAACAUGACCGACCUUGGCGUUUUCUCCAACCUCGCUACCAUUGGGGGAAGAUCUCUGUACAGUGGGAUUUCAUUGCUGAUCCUGAAGCAGCGCUGGAUCACCGCCCUCCAGUUCCAGUCCCUGAAGGAGAUCAGCGCCGGCAACGUCUACAUCACCAACAACAGCCAGCUGUGCUACUACAACACCGUCAACUGGACCGGACUGUUCCGCACCGGCGGCCAGAGAGCUCUUAUCAAGAGCAACAAGGACCCGCGGGAGUGCACUCAAGAGCGGAUGGUGUGUGAUAAACUGUGUUCUGAAGAUGGCUGCUGGGGUCCUGGUCCCGAUCAGUGUCUGUCCUGCAGGUUCUACAGUCGGGGCAGGACCUGUGUGAGGUCCUGUAACCUGUACCGCGGAGAUAUCCGCGAGUUUGCCAACGGUUCAGUGUGCAUGGAGUGUGACAGCCAGUGUGAGAAAGCUGGAGAUAAGACCAUGACCUGUCACGGCCCGGGUCCAGAUCAGUGUACGAAGUGUCUCCAUCUGAAGGACGGUCCAAACUGUGUGGAGAAAUGUCCUGACGGGCUUCAGGGAGCCACCAGCUUCAUCUUCAAAUACGCCGAAUCCAACAACGAGUGCCAUCCCUGCCACCCCAACUGCACCCAGGGGUGUACUGGACCCCGGAUCCAAGACUGCAUUGGUAUGCUGGACAGGACUCCUCUGAUCGCGGCGGGGGUGAUCGGGGGGAUGUUCGUAGCCGUUAUCGUGGCUCUGGGUUUUGCCAUAUAUGUCCGACGCAAAAGCAUCAAGAAGAAGAGAGCGCUGCGCCGCUUUCUGGAGACGGAGUUGGUGGAGCCUCUAACUCCCAGUGGAACGGCACCCAAUCAGGCUCAGCUGAGGAUCCUGAAGGAGACGGAGCUGAAGAGGGUGAAGAUUCUGGGAACUGGAGCUUUCGGAACUGUGUAUAAGGGUAUCUGGGUUCCAGAAGGAGAGAGUGUGAAGAUCCCAGUAGCCAUAAAGAUCCUCAACGAAACUACAGGACCAAAAGCCAACGUGGAGUUUAUGGACGAGGCGCUGAUCAUGGCCAGCAUGGAGCACCCUCACCUGGUGCGUCUGCUGGGGGUGUGUCUGAGCCCCACCAUCCAGCUGGUGACCCAGCUGAUGCCCCACGGCUGCCUGCUGGACUACGUCCACGAGCACAAGGACAACAUCGGCUCCCAGCUGCUGCUCAACUGGUGUGUUCAGAUCGCAAAGGGGAUGAUGUACUUGGAGGAGAGACGGCUGGUCCACAGGGAUUUGGCCGCUCGCAAUGUUUUGGUCAGAUCUCCCAACCACAUCAAGAUCACCGACUUCGGCCUGGCUCGCCUGCUGGACGCCGACGAGAAGGAGUACAACGCCGAUGGAGGCAAGAUGCCCAUUAAGUGGAUGGCACUGGAGUGCAUUCAUUACCGAAAGUUCACCCACCAAAGUGACGUCUGGAGCUACGGAGUGACCAUCUGGGAGCUGAUGACGUUUGGAGGGAAGCCAUAUGAUGGAAUUCCUACUCGUGAGAUCCCGGACAUCCUGGAGAAAGGAGAACGUCUGCCUCAGCCCCCCAUCUGCACCAUCGACGUCUACAUGGUCAUGGUCAAAUGCUGGAUGAUCGAUGCUGACAGCAGGCCCAGGUUUAAAGAGCUGGCUGCAGAGUUCUGCAGGAUGGCCAGAGACCCUCAGCGGUACCUCGUCAUCCAGGGGGACGACUGCAUGAAGCUGCCCAGUCCAAACCACAGCAAAUUCUUCCAGAGUCUUCUGGAGGAGGACGACCUGGGGGACCUGAUGGACGCUGAUGAGUACCUGGUGCCUCAGAGCUUCAAUGCUUCGGCUACGUCCUAUCCGUCCAGACCUCACCUGGACUCCAAUCGGAAUCAGUGCGGCUACCGUGAUGGAGGUAUUCCAGCUGAGGAGAUAGCAGGGGCUGCUGCCUCCACUGGCGGCCCACCCGUCCCCGCGGGGACCCAGCGCCUGCCUCUGGACUCCCAGGAGGAGAAGCACUGUAAUGGAAGCCUGAAGAAACAGCCCAACUUUGGCCUGGCGGAGGACAGCAGCGGCCAGCGCUACAGUGCGGACCCUACUGUCUUCCUGGCACAGAUAACGCAGAAGACGGGCACCGACGAGGACGGCUACGUGGCACCACAGAAGGACAAGAGCUCCUCAGAGCACCUGAAUCCCAUCGAGGAGAAUCCUUUCGUCACGCGCCGCAAGAACAGAGAGAUCCACGCUCUGGACAACCCGGGAUACCACAGCACCCCUGACGGGCAGCCCAGAGCUGAAGACGAGUACAUCAACGAGCCUCUGUACCACAACACGGGCGAAAUGAGCCAGGAGAUGCUGAAGAAGAACGGGAUUCCUCUUCCUCUGCUGUCCUUAUCUGCAACCAACCCAACGAAUAGCCAUGUUGUACCCAUCACCACCCAGACUGGGAGAUCCCAUCACCACAGCCAAGGAGCACAUGUGCAUUUUGCAAUUCCGCCUGUUCAACCUCCUCAAAGUGGACCAAUGAGUCAGAACGGCGCCCACGCUCAUUUACUCAAGGGUACAUCCAACGAUCACCCGAGCAAGUCCGGGCAUCCCUCAUCAACAGGCCAAAUAUGCCACGUCAGCCACCAAGUCCAGCCUGGCUACCCUGGUCCUGGUAGUCUCUCAGAUCAGCAGGUCUCUCAGAAGCCUAAUUCUGUGGCAACAAUCGGCAAGAGUAGCAUCACCGGCCUUCCGGGGCACGUCAUCCAUCAAAGCCUCAUGCCCCAAUUAAGCCACACUGGAACAAUAAUGGUGGACAAGACUUACAAGAACACCUUUGACAAUCCAGAGUACUGGCACCACAGCCUUCCUUCCAAGGUAGUGCAGCACCCGCAAGACCCUUCCCUGAUCUGCAGUAACAAUUUCCUCUACAAGCAGAACAGCCGGGGUCGAACCGGCAGGACUGAAACCCCAGAAUACCUGCCAGAGACGGGCAUGAAGCCAGGGACUGUCCUGCCCCCGCCACCCUACCGGCAGAGGAAUACUGUAGUAUAAUGUCCUAGUCGAUAGUAUUCCACAGAGCCUGGUUCCUCUACCAGCACCUUAAACAUGUUUCCUUGUUCCUCAGCAGUUCCUGGAAGGUCUGUACCCUAAACUACCACCACCAUGUCCAGUCUUGUGCCAUAGCGGAUGCUCCCGAGGAAGGAAAUUUGAGAAUUUGAGACUCGACAAGAAAAGUACUGUUGAUUCUUCUUGUCCGAAAGGGAAUAUUCGCCUGAGUAAGCAAAUAUAAGUGAACAAAGUGUACCUUCCUGCCAUUCGUACCUCUCCUCCUUCGUCCUGUUUAAGAAAUAAGAAAUAAGACUUUGGAAAUCUCAGAUUUUAUGGCCAAGAAAACAAGCACCUCACGCCGUUGACUUGACUUGUUGGUUUGCGAGUCAAGUCAAGCCAAGUCCUUAGUACUGGUAGUCACACUGGAUCAAGCCGAAGCCUACUUUUUUGGAUUCCAGACUCUUGAAGAGACCAGAACAAAGAACAAGGCCAUAAUGUGAACAGGUCUAGUCUGCCUAGGCUAGUCUGAAAAAAACAAAUAGUUGGAUAGGUGAAUAGUCUGAGAGAAUACUGUAUAUGUUUUUGUACCUUUUACAUAACCCGCCUCAUAAAUCCUAAAUCCUAAAAUAUUACAUGUAUAAAAAAAAAGCGAGAGAUCAAGAUCAUGAUCAAGAUCAAGAAAGCAGAAAUCUUCAACAUGACAAGAGGAAAAAGGGAAAGAAAGAGGAUUUCGUAAACUGGAGAUUGCCGAAACUCGUGUUACCUGAUGUAAUAUUGAAAGUUGGAGGCUCUAUAAGAAACAUUUGUACAUUCGGAGAGCAUUCAAACAUUCAUUAGUGAGCGAGCGGAGAGUGCGGAAGGAACCUUGAAACCUUGAGGGAAAAGAAACCGAGAUUCAAAUGUGGGUUUUGGAUCUGUUUGAUUGGCGUGUGAAGCGCGGAAUUUAGAACUUCCGAAGGUCGGGUAACACUUCCCGGAUGAAUUUUGAUAUGUAUAAUACAUCACAUGUGCAUUUAUUACGAGUUAUCUGGCAUGUAUAAGGCCGGAUAAGGGAUUGAUGUAGGUACAAAUGCAGGGAAAUACCCUUUAAAUACCUUUUUUACUGAUACGCCAAAAAAAAGUCAUGAGACACUUGUAUCACAGCAAGAUGCGGCACCAAGGCAAUUGCCUCAUAUACCAUUGGUACUGGUAUCAACCACCAAGCAACCAAUCAUUCUGCGUUUUCUUUAUAAUAACCAUAUCACAUUGAUACUGGCCAAAAAUACCAAAUUGGGUCCCUUUCAAUUUUUUUUCUUGAGUCAUUAGUCUGUUCGCAUGGACAACUCUAGCCAGAAGCCGCCGGUCACAAUCAUUACCUGACUCACUGUAGGUGGUAAUUCACAUACUCCUGUGCCAUUAAUUUUAGAAGACUGACAUGUCAGUGUGGCUAUGAAGCAUUAUGCAUGCCAAAUGAUGCAAUAAUAUCACAUGUAAUGUAUUAUCUGUAACACUUUCUACGAAUGUCAUCACUCUUAGUCUCUAUAACCACAUUCAUAACAUAUUAUAAUGCAUUCAUAAGGCAUUAUAACAAACUUGGCUAAAAAUAUUAAAAAACAUGCAUAACCCAUUAUAGCCAUGUUUAUUAAGCAUUAUGGCUUGUGAUCAUAAUGCAUUAUAAGCUGUGCUUAAAAUAUAUAUAUAUAUGUUAAAAUAGCAUAUAUUUAUCGUUAAUAAUUUAGCCCCACAAUGAAAAUCUGGCACUUUACUUGGAGCGCACAAAGACCUGUUAUGAUACAUUAUAAUUGAUAAUAACUAAUAUUAUACUGAAGACAGUAAUAAAUUUAAAUUUAUGAAUGGUUAAACAUUUAUUCAUAUGAUUAUUGAGGGUGUGUUUAUAAGUUGGAAGCUUUUUUAGUCGUAAUGCAUAAUUCUGCAAGCUGGGAAUGAGUUUCUUAGUAUUUAUGUAUAACAUGUUAUAAACACUGCUAUUAAUGCAUUAUAAUCACAGUUCAUGAUGCAUAGUAAACAUGGCUACAUGGCUAAGAUGAAUUAUACAUUUUAUAAAUAUGUGUAGCCAUGUUUAUUAUUAUUAAAAUGCUUAUGAAUGCAUUAUAAUGUGCUAUGAAUAUGUUCAUAGAGUCUUAUAGAGAUGACAUUCGUAGGAAGUGUUACCGUAUUAUCUAUAUCAAAUUCUCAGGAUGUGUUACCAAAGAAACUAUUCAUACUGGAUAGAUUGAGAUCAUUACACUGUAGUACAUGAAUAAUACGUAACUAAGAUGUAAAGACUGAUGUUGAUGAUCUUGUGAAGAAGGUCACAUGAUCAUAGAUAAGUAGAAGGG